AUGUCGGCCACACAGUCAGAAGAGACUGUCUCAGAACUAGGCAAGAAAAUAGCAGAGCUCGCCAAAGCCUUCGAUAACCGCUGCACCAUGGAGUCUCUUGAAGGAACGCAGGGAUCUUCAAGCGAAACUGGCUCUUACCAUAUGAGCCCGCGAGAGACAUUGAUUCUCCUACUGAAUAACAUGCUCGACAAAGUCCAAGGCCCUACUCGCACUCUGAUUGAAAUGGUAAACACGGCGCGAGUCAGGCUUUCCGUUAUGCGCAUUAUCAUAAACUUCAAUCUUAUCGCCAACAUACCGGAUAGUGGCUCCAUAUCCUUCAACAAGCUCGCCUCUAUCGUGGGAGCUAAUCGGCUCGAGCUGGAGCGUGUCCUUCGCUUCGCGUUCAGCCAAAGAAUCUUCCAGGAAAAGAUUCCGGGUUCGGGGGAAGUGUCGCACACGGAACUGUCGAAAGCAAUAUCAGCUCUAACUCCAUGGAUUAAGCUCGUGCUGUCUCCGGUGACUAUACUACCGGACUUAUCCCUACCGGAGGCACUAGAAUCGAAGAACAGCAGCAAGGCAGCCGCAGAGUUGGCAUUCAAGAAAAAUUUUUGGCGAGUCCUUAAGUCAAACUCUAAAUUCGGCGAAUUUCAAGACGGAUUAAGAUCUCUAUCAAUCGCUCAAAAGGCUUGCUUAGAUCCUGUUGGCGAUCUAUUUCGCUGGGAGGAACAAGCUAAAGCUUUGAUUAUUGACCUCGGGGGAGGAGACGGCUAUUCCGCGAUCGAAGGUGCCAGAAAAAAUCCCCAUCUUCACUUCAUCGUGCAAGAUCUUGAAGAGAAUCGAAUCCGGGCGGAGCAGAAUAUUCCUCAGGAUCUGAAAAAUAGGGUGAUUUUCCAAGCCCACGACUUCUUCACUCCACAGCGCCAAAUUAUUCGGCAUCCUGUGACCAUUUUCAUGAAAUCGAUACUUCACAACUGGUCAAACGAUCGUUGUGUGAAAAUUCUGAGGCAGUUACUGCCCCUACUAACUCAAGAAGGAAGCCGACUUCUUGUGCAGGAGUACCUCUUGUCGGAUUGUGCCCACGUUCGAGCCAUGGAUGUGACAAUGCUGACGUUAUUGAACUCAGGGGAAAGGACCAUCUUCGAUUUUGAGGCAUUAUUUCACGAGGUGGACAAAAGAAUGCGAAUCGUCAAGGUUUGGGAUAGUGAAGAGUGGGGUACGAGGAUAUUGGAGGUAACUGUCGACUCUUAA